CACACAUCGCAUCGCCAUGGAGAAGAACUUGGCAGAACGACCGUCGGUUGGCGGCAGACCAGCUGGCAAUGCGUCAAUUCGCAAGCCAUUGGCAUGUGGUCUCAUUCUUUUAGGCGCAGCUUCCUUUCUCUCGCAUAAUUACGUCAGUAAUCUCGUAACACGCCCAUGGCCGUCCAACGCGCCUAUCUCCUCUGAGCCACGUUGUCCUCAGGCCUCGCCGUUGGUGCCUUCCAGGAGCACGAAAGAGCUGGACGAUGCGUGGGAGUACCUCAAUUCCGAUGCUUUCUUCAACAAGUCCAUUGAGCACCUGUCUGGGGCUGUGAAGAUCCCCACGCAGAGCUAUGAUGAUAUGGGCGAGGUUGGGAUUGACCCGCGCUGGGACAUCUUUCACUCCUUUGCAUAUUAUCUUGAGGAAACCUUCCCCGCCGUGUACAAGACGCUCGAGGUGGAGAAGGUGAACACGCAUGGGCUGUUGUUCACGUGGAAGGGCACGGAUGCGGCGUUGAAGCCGACAGUGUUGAUGGCGCAUCAAGAUGUUGUGCCUGUACCGGAUAGCACAGUCAAUCAGUGGACUCACCCGCCGUUCAGUGGACACUGGGAUGGAAAGUUCGUGUGGGGUCGCGGUUCCAGCGAUUGCAAGAACCAGUUGCUCGGUAUAUUGGAGGCCAUCGACACGCUCGUUAAUGCUGGCUUCCAGCCCAAACGAACUCUUGUCUUGAGCUUUGGCUUUGAUGAAGAAAUCUCGGGAAUGCAAGGCGCGGAUAACCUUGCGAAAGUACUGAUCAAGAGAUAUGGCCACGGAGGGGCCGCUGUUAUUGUUGACGAGGGUGCGGCGAACCUGGAAGGUUGGGGCGCAAACUGGGCUAUUCCUGGUGUGGGCGAGAAGGGCUAUGUGGAUGUCAUUGUGACCGUGCGCAUGCCCGGCGGUCACUCCUCUAUCCCACCAGCGCACAACGGAAUCGGCGUCGCUGCGGAGCUCGUCUCCCUCAUCGAGGCAAACCCCUACGAGCCGCUCCUCCACGAGUCGAACCCUUACCUCUCACUACUGUACUGCGGUGCUGAGCACGCACCCGAGUUCCCCAAGACUCUGAAGCACCUCUUAAAGAAGCGUGCUCACCGAACGUGCUCGAAGAAGGAUCAAAAGGAUGAGCUAGCCCUCGAAGCAGCAAAGGCCGGCCUUGAUAUCAAGUACCUCUUCACGACCUCUCAAGCCGUAGACCUGAUCAACGGUGGCGUCAAGACCAACGCACUGCCGGAACGCACAACCUUCACCAUCAACCACCGCAUCAACAUUGGCUCGUCCGUCGAUGCCGUCCUCUUCCACGUAGCGCAACUCUUCACACCUGUUGCCAAGAAACACAACCUCACGCUCAACGCAUUCAACAACGUCACUGAGACGCCCUCGUCGAUCACACUGACGACCCGCCCGGAGCAUCUCGAACCCGCUCCCGUGACGCCAACCGGACCUGGAACACCUUUUAGUAUCCUCUCGGGUACCACGCGCGCACUGUAUGGUGAGGACUUGUUUGUCGCCCCAGGGGUGAUGACUGGAAAUACCGAUACACGAUACUACUGGGGUCUCAGUGAGCACAUCUUUAGGUACAGCAUGGGUUGGGACAGGGAGCAAGAGGGCUUGGGACGUAUUCACACCGUGGACGAAAGGAUCGGCGGAAAGGCACACAGGGAUGUGAGCAAGUGGGUGUUCGGCUUCGUUAGGAACAUGGAUGAGGCGGACCUGUAGAUGGAAGUAGUGAUUCGCAGCUGCUGCGAUUGUCCCUGCUGCGAGGGUAGAUGAUUGGGAAGCUAACGAACGUAGUUGCGAUGCAGUGAGAAGGGGUGGCGUAAUAUGAAGCAUUCGCAUGCACAACCCUAUCUACGCACACAUGACAUAAAUCAACUCAGUCCUCCA